AUCUUUUCCCAAUCAGUAGAUUCGAAAAUUUAACCUGGUAUAUUUUGGAGCGCACUGGUGGUGGCCAUGCGCUUCAUUGUUUGUGUUUGUGUUGACUGGGCGGCCAUAACCUAAAAUUUCACAUGUAGCCCUUACUCUCUCACUGAAAAAUAAUUUGUCUUUAGUUAACAGAGAUUAAUUCAGCGUUUAGGCAACUCCUACGUAGUGUUGUUUUUUUCACUCAUGACUUAUUCCUUUGUUUAGUGAAAUAAUCUAGAUUUUCAAGAUUCGCAAUGGCCAGCAAUCAUGAUGAGGACCCAUUUGAGGGAAUGAAAAUCAAAGACUGGGCAAUACUUAAUAAACUAGAAGGUCGAGCUCUUUGCCCCAAAUGCAAUAAGUCCAGAAAGUACUUUUGCUAUACUUGUUACAUCCCUAUUCCAGAACUUGAGGAGCACACUCCUAAAGUUAAGCUGCCUUUGAAGGUUGACAUUAUUAAGCACGCUAGUGAAAUAGAUGGAAAAAGCACAGCAGCUCAUGCAGCUGUCAUAGCUCCUGAAGACGUUUCAAUCUACACUUAUCCUUGUAUACCAGAUUAUUCGACAGAAGAGAAUGUGGUUUUGAUAUUCCCUGGUAAAAACGCCCUCUCUAUCAAAGAAUAUGUUGAUAAGGCAAUGAGCUCUAGUUCAGGUGCAGCUAAUGAUGAUUGCUCUGAGCCUGAAGCAAAGCGAGCUCACACCGUAACUAAAUUACCCAUUAGUCGAGCAGUGUUCAUAGAUAGCACUUGGAACCAAAGCAGAGGGAUUUAUAAGGAUCAAAGACUUCGAGAAAUUCCGUGUGUGGUGAUACAGUCGCGUAUUUCUCAAUUUUGGAGGCAUCAACAUGGCAGUCCACGGUGGUUCCUAGCCACUAUCGAAGCUGUCCAUCAAUUCCUUGUUGAAUUACACCUCAUAUGUAAUCUAGGUGUAAAUAAAGAGCUCGAAUGUCUAGAGCUCCAAAAUCCUGAUACCACUGUGGCAGACAGAACAGCUUUCAUCCCUCCAUCUGGAGAGACGUCAACCAAUUCCAUGCAAUCGGUUAAUUUUGUGGUAACAGAGGAACAGUCAUCCCCUCAAAAUUCACAGGAAAAUGACCAUCAGAGUGGCUCCUCUAAAAAGCCUGUUCAACCAGAGAAGCUGCCUUCAAAAUUUGUGAAAAAUCUGGCCUUGUGUCGUGGGAUUCGUUCAGAUCCUGGAGAUAACCCUGGAAUCAAUCUUUGCGGGCCAGACCAAUGGAAAGGAAAAUAUAGUGGAGAUUAUGACAACCUAUUAUUUUUCUUCCAAUUUAUGUACCAUAAAAUUCAUUCAAUUUAUGAUCAUGACAAACUGAGGUCUUACAAAAGGGAAACAACUUAAUAAAAAAAAUAAUAUUUUAUUAUAUUUUAUUAUGAUACUAUUAAUAAAAACAAAUAUGACA